GUUGUAGAGGUGGCUCUUCAGAUCUAUGGUAUGGCCCUGAAGAAGGUGUAGCCAAGGGAAUGAAGACGACAAUUGUUUUGUUCGUAACUUCGUAUGCAACUUUGUAUGUCAAACUUUUUUCUUCAAAAAAAUAAAAAAUAUAUGCUGGAUUGGUAUCGCAAGGUAUCAAAAUGGAGUGACGCUCUGAACCUCUUUUGGAGCAUUUUUGGAGGUCUGAAUUAACGUUUUCUAGGUUUGGCAGGUAUAACACCUUACAUGAUAUCAUUCUGCAGGUUUCCAUUCGAAAAGGGGCUAAGUGCCAACAGCACCCCGACCCAGCCUUGAGGAAAAGACAUCGAUCAUCUGCAAGUCUCCUGUCGGGACUUGACAGCAUCCCACACCUCUCUCCGAACUGAGCUGAGAUCUUUAAAUUACUAGUCCCUGCGCUCGCUCCUGCUUUUUUUUUUCCCACACGCGCUCAUGAACACUGGUCUGUCAGUGAAAGCACAUACACAUCUAAAGAGCACACGCUUCUGCAGUUACCUCCAUCGGAUCGAAAGUUAAAAAAAAAACAUUUUAUACACCAGAGUUUAUCCAUUAACACAGCAGCUGCCUGUUUGGUGCAGUCUCCUAGCCGGUAGAGCUUUAUGUGUCUAAUGCUCUUAUCUGGACUAUACACAAGGGGGCAUACUUUUCAGAGUGGUUAAACUAGCUGGUAAGCCGGGUCAUCAUAGGAGGUAGGUGUUUCAAAGUGUAGUGGGUGCUUCAAGAAAAUCGGAAGAGGGGGUUGUUGACACCUAAUGAACAUCGAAAGUCAAAGAAACAUACAAUUUAAGUGCUAGUGAACAAAGUGGACCCAGCAGCCUUCACAUGGAAGGGCUUGGAUGAAUAAGAUCCAAGACUGAAAUCUUAAGAAAAGUUUGGUUGAAAAUCUGGAGGCAAUUUUUCAAAAAAAAACAUUUUGAAAUUUGAAAUUUUUCACCUGCAAUGUUUCGUGUUCGAAUUUAUCAAGAUUACGUUUUUUUUUUGCAGCGCAAAUUUGCAAAAGUUGUCAAAAUAAGCAAAAAUUUUUCCGUCAACUGAUUUUCGUGAAUUUCUAAUCUCUAAUUGAAGUUUUGCCUUACAGGGGGAGUUGGGGUAAAUGGAUUUAUGGCUUACCAAGAUGGAUUUGGAUAAGUUUCAAUUCUUACUUCCACUUGGUAGCCAUCAUGUGGGUCUUAAGCUGGCCAUAUAUACAAGGGCACGUCUUCUGUUGAUCCUAAAAACUAAUUUGAGACGCUUUGUCUACCUUCACAUUCGGAAGGUGCUAUAUUCUACUGCAACUUUAUUCCUGAAUGUGCUAAAUAAAUUUUUAGUAACUUAUCAGCGCUUCUUUUGUUGUUGUUAACUACUUCAAAUUGGGCUUUAUUUUUAUGAUAAAUACAGUAUAUAUGGCCAUAAAUAGGCAACCUGUCGUCUUCUGGCUGCUGGUGAAAUAGUCUCAGCAUUCACUACUAACUAGCGGAGACAGAUUGCUUAUGUAACAAAAAUAUUACCUAUGUAUUUUAUAUGUUUCAUUUUAACAUGCAUAUGUUUGUCUUUCUUCUUUGAGCCUAACUCGAGCCAAUUGGGGGGAGGGGGGGUUGUAAAAUUGGGGAAGAGUUAAUAUUUCUGUCAGGGUUUGAGGUUGUCACCAAGAAUGGAAGCACAGACGACCAUACCAAAUUGGUUGUAUGUUUUAACUCCACCUUCUUCCCGUACUAAACGUGUUUUUGGUUUGGUCUCUUGGAAGGGGAGAUUUCCUAUUCGAAAACCAGGAAUUAAAGAGAAAUCUCUCCAAUACGGUUACAGAUGGCAGUAAAUUCAUGACGGGAGCAUUAACUCUACCCUUAUGUAUCCAAAUCAAAAAAUGUUUGGCUGGAGUUAGAUUUUAAAGAGUUCUUCAACCAAAACAAACUGUGGCGUUGCUAUGAGGCAGGGGAAGGGUCUCCAAUUGUUCUUCCCUUUUUAGAAGAGCAGUUCUGUGUGUGUGUUUUUUUUUUUUUUUUUUUUAAUAAGAUAGGCUUUGCUGAUAUCUAGCUUGUGGUCCAACCCCAAUGACCAGCCUGUGGCUUGUGGUCCAACCCCAAUGACCAGCCUGUGGCUGGUGGUCCAACCCCAAUGACCAGCUUGUGGCUGGUGGUCCAACCCCAAUGACCAGCUUGUGGCUGGUGGUCCAACCCCAAUGACCAGCUUGUGGCUGGUGGUCCAACCCCAAUGACCAGCUUGUGGCUGGUGGUCCAACCCCAAUGACCAGCUUGUGGCUGGUGGUCCAACCCCAAUGACCAGCUUGUGGCUGGUAGUCCAACCCCAAUGACCAGCCUGUGGCUGGUGGUCCAACCCCAUAUCCCAAUGACCAGCCAGUGAGACAACCUACUUCAACUGACUGUGCAGACCCACUAAGGAUAAGGUGGAUAGAUACCUUCCGAAGAAUGAUGGGCUGAGAGACCACCACUUCUCCGGGGUAUUGGUAUCCACUUUUUUCCGCUUGACUGUCCCUGCCCACCCCUUUCAUUAAAUUGGAUUUCAGUUCUUUCAACCAUAGAGGCUUGAAGAAAAUUGGCCAUUCUGAGGUCCAGCUACUGGUCAGAGCCCAUGCCCCAAUGACCAGCCAGCAAGACGACAAGCUCACUUCACCUAGCAGCGUAACCCCCUUGCAAGUAGGAUUGGACUAGCUCUAAAUGGAUAGAUGCCUUCCCAACAAUGAGCAGCAAAGAGACCAAUCAUCUGUAACUUUAGAUUCUGGUUCUCUUUCCUGUGUAAUUCCCUAAUUCGACUUGAGGUAGAUAUGUAGGGCUAAGAGCUGGAUUGGCCAGAUGGAACACAAUUUCCAACAGGUCAAUGUAGUCUUCCAUGGCCUGGGCAUCUUAAAUUUAUGUUAACUCUUGGACAGGAUCAGACCCUUUUUUUUUUUUAUGGCCACCCUAGGGUUUGCAUCAAGCAUUUACAUUUUUUGAGUGGCCUUCCACUGCUUCAUAGGAAUGCUGACUAAUGUGUCGAAGAAUCCUUUUAUUUUGUUUUUUUAACUCUUGUUUUGGUUCCAUGAGAUCAUUUUUCAGAGCUGAUUUCUAAUGUUUGCCUAUAUGUACAGACCCGCACUCAGCAGCACCAAUACUCUCUGUACUUUGAUCAUCUUCUAUACUUACCCCCACACACUGCGAUGGCAUCUUUUCCCACGUUAAUCCGGUUUGUGUUGUUUUUAGGGUCGCCUGUGCUCUCAGCUGUGAAUCUGGAUCUGGCCCCUGGAUCCUGGAUGACCCAACUCGCUGUGUGAUUUGAGGACAUCAUGCUUCCCCGCCUGUCCCUGCAUCUGUGAAACCUUGUGACUUGAAACGUCUGGAUGUAUCGCUCACAGGAACAGUUUGGAUCCCGCUUCCCCCGCGACCCCUUCAUCGGUGGAAUCAACCCAGCCUGGAACUCUCCACCGCACCCCAGAGCAUGGGCACCUUCCGGCAGAUGCUCUUCAAACCUUAACCAGCCUCAGCUGCCCCCUCACUUACCGUCUAGUCAUGUGACAAACAUUGGUCACCCAAGCAAACCUUAUUACCCUAUCGGCUCUCCACCCGGGCAUCGCUAUGGAAAGCUGGAGCGGGUCCAUUCGUGCGUGCAAAGCCUCCUGCGGGACGAGCAGCAGCCGCAGAUAUGGGAGCAGCUGGGUCAGAUCUACGAGUCGGAGCAAGAAUGGGAGGAUGCCGUACGCUGCUACCAGGCCGCCGCGCGCUACCAUGGCGGUUAUGAGCUCAACACUCACAUCUCCCGGCUCCAGCAGACACACUUGUGGAAUGUCCACGCAGCACCCCCACACCACCGACCCAAAACCCUGCCGCGCUUACAGCAAGUGUGGGACCUUAUGCAGCACGAGCAAAAGAGGCAUUUUGGAGUCAAGCGCGGACCCCCACAAUUGAAGCGACCGCCUCCCUCCUCUGAUUCACUCCAGUCACCCCCCCAUAAUCCGCACGGAGGAGAUGAGCAGCCAAUGAAACGGAGGAGGAGUGGAAGUCCUGAACAGCAAAGAAGGGGUAACCCUGGCAUGCAUUCACCUCCGGCUUCAGGGGGCUCUGGAAAUCCUUACCAUCAGCCAACCACAAAGCCCAACGUCUGGAACCCAAUAAACCAUGAGCCCUGGGGGGAGCGUAGGGAAAGGCAGGAUUCCCGACCUCCACCCCAUGUUCCCUCUUACUCCUCAUACUGCCCCACACGUCCACCACCACCACUACACCAGCAGCCCCGUCCUCAAAGUGACCUUAGUGAGGCUCGGUGUCAGAGGUCACCUGCGGAGGUCAUUCCAGCGCCACCUCCUCUCCACGUGCCUUACGACCAGAGAAGACCCCGCAUCCCACCACAUAAGACCUCUAGGACUGAUCUAUCCCCUCCUUCUGAUCGCUUUCCUAGUCCUGUGGACAACACAGCCAGAGUCUGUCGUCCUGCAGAAGAGCCGGAACCUCCAAAAUUAAUUUGCCCACCACCCCUCCAAGCUCAACCCUCUUCAGCCUCUUCGCUCCAGCAGAGCUGGCUGCCAGCUCCAGUCAAAGAAGAGGUAAAGAGUGAAGAUGAUUUGGAGGACAUUCUAUAUGGAGAAGGCCAUGGGACUGGCAAACGGGAGACCUACUAUCCACCCUGCGAUAACCCAGUAGGAAGCGGUGUCUUCGACCACCGAACUCAGGACGUCACCACCAGCAAUGUCAGGCCAAGGUCUGAAGCCUACCAGGAUUCAAACUUGGAUCAUGUUCUCAAGAGCCUGCAAAAAAUGGAUGAGUCUGGGUUAUUUGCCCCAAAGAAAGAGGAUGUGGGACAAGAAAUCUGCAAAAGCCCUCAGACCCCAGAGAUGGACAUGGAAGGCAAGCAUUUAAGCCAUGGACUCUCUAAGUCCGAGGGCAGCUAUUCAGGUGGAAAGAGGUCACCAGCUCGAGAUGACAAUGCCUCAUUCAGUUCCUCUUCAACCACCUACCACAAAGAUACCUCAGGAAACCUUCAGGUGCUGGGCUUAGCUGCUUCACCAACAGCGCCCGCUUCAAACCCAACUCCGGAGUCUUUGAGCCCAAUUCCAACUUUGGCAGAGAGGAAAGGACGCGAGGACGAGAAGGAUGAGCCUGCUGGGUGCAAUCGGCUCUUUGACUUUCCAGCAGGGCAGUUAGCAGAGCCCUUUGAGGAAGCCACGGAGUUUGCAAAGAUUUUGCCUGAUGGGUUGGAGGACAUUAUGAAAAUGUUAGACGAGUCCAUUGAAAAGGAAGAAGGGAGCAGCAGCUCAAGAAGGGGCUUUAUUCCUGCAGCUUCUUCCACCUGCCCACCAGCAGAGGCCAGAGCAACAACCCAACCUAAAAGUGCACCUCAGUCAACCAUCUUGACUAAUUCUGCUUCUGGUGGAAAAACCUCAGAAGCAAGGUCUGGCUAUUAUGGCCCUAAAAAAGCAAUACUGGGUCAAGAAGCUGCCAACGAGCCCAAACCAGCUCAGCAUGGGGGCAGCAGUGUGCUAAAAUCACUGGCUAGCGUUUUGGAGGGACAGAAGUAUGCCUACCGUGGUGGGCACAGCCUCAAACCUGGAGGAGGCCCAGGCUAUUUCACUGGUGCUACUAUAGCAGCCAAGCGUAGUGUUGACCCAUACACUGCGCAAUCUACCUCACAUCGGUCCUGGGAAUCUAAGACCAGAGCAGCCCCUACCUCAGACAUGUUGGGACAAGGGGUGGCAGCAGCAAGAACCGUAGUCCGCACAGAGACAGACAUUUUGGAGGACAUAGCACGAGCUUGUGAGACGUUGACGGAAGGCACAAAAGGGUCCAGUUGUAGCCAGUCCGAGAAGGAGGAGAAAGUGGCACAAAGACCCAACGUCAUUGUUGAGAAGAAACUUGAGAAACCCUGGGUUGCAGAAAAACAGGACACUGAUUCUAAAGCUAAACCUGAAAAUAUUUGGGGUGCUGAUAAGCUAGUAGUAGUAGUAGAGGCCAUUAGUGGGAAAAAAACAGAAACCUCCUGGGUAGAGGUUGAGCCAGAAAAGAAAGUGGAAACCAGUCCCGAACCACACUGGGCAAUGGCAAAAAAAGCAAGGGAUGAGUCUAAACCGCAGACCCCAAGGGAUGCUGAUAGGACUGAAAGAGCAGCAAGCCACAAAGAGACAGUUGAGGGGAUGCUGAAAAAGGCUGUCAAAAUAUUUGAUAAAAAGAGUACUGCCACUAAAACCGAAAUCGUUCCAACUGCAUCAGUUGGAGCUGACAGUGCAACUACGUCAGAAGGGGCUCCUACGGGGGUGAUAGCCAAGGAUGAAACGGCUGUUGAGCGAUCUGUCCUAGGUGCAGAGCAAAAGUCACCAGAGAAAUCGCCAGAAGGGCCGACGCUGCAGGCCCAGGAGAGUAGUUCUCCUGAAACUCUCAACUCCCCAGUGGAAAACAAUAGCAUCCAGUCCCCAGAAGAGUUGCCCAUGGACGUGGCAGAUCCAGAAGCGGAGAGCCCAAAGGCAGCCGAGGUGGAAAGGCCACAAGAGAGACUAACGCUGUCCCUUGUCGCACCGACUAGGAGCAAGGAUGAGGGCAGGAGAAGAGAUAGGAGGCAUCGCAAAACUAAGAGGGACAGAAGCAGACGGGCUAAAGACAGGUCUCGUAAGGACAAGGAUCGGCAGAUCUUGGGUAACCUGGAUCUCCAGAGUCAGUCCAGGGACACCCCCAAAUGUUCAAAACAAGGGUCAGGUGGAGACCGAAGGAAAUCUGAGGGUGGGAGACGGGGAGUAGAAGACCACCACCAGACUUCCUCACCUACAACCCCAUCAUCUACACCAACCUCUGCUUCCCACGGUACAGCAUCCUCAGAUUUGUUGAAGAUGAGGCCCUUCAUGGAGGGCCCGCCCAAGGAGCUGAAGAUUCGUCUGAUCAAGGUAGAAAGCGGAGACCGGGAAACCUUUAUUGCCUCGGAGGUGGAAGAGAAGAGGCUGCAGGCCUGCGAUCUGACCGUCAACCAUACGGCUGCAGAGAUUAUCAAAGCUACUAAAAAUAUGGUGCUGAAAGGAAAAUACAAAGAGUCCUAUGUUCUUCCUUCCAUGUCUGUGAAACCUCCAAUUGGAACAGAGCGCAACCUUCCCCGCGAAAAACUUAACCCACCUACGCCUAGUAUCUAUUUGGAGAGUAAGAGAGAUGCAUUUUCUCCUGUGUUGCUUCAAUUCUGCACUGACCCCAAGAACCCCAUCACAGUGAUUCGAGGUCUGGCCGGAUCCUUGCGGCUAAAUCUGGGCCUCUUCUCCACCAAGACUCUGGUAGACGCUAAUGGAGAACACUCUGUAGAGGUCCGUACUCAGGUGCAGCAGCCGUCUGAUGAGAACUGGGACCCCUCCGGGACCCGCCAAGUCUGGCACUGCGAGAGCAGCCGCUCCCAUACCACCAUCGCCAAGUAUGCUCAGUACCAGGCUUCAUCCUUCCAGGAAUCCUUGCAGGAGGAUAAAGACAGCGAUGAGGAGCCUAAUGAGCCCGACAGCACCACAGAAAACCCACCUCCCAGCACAAACCAGGAGCAGAAAGCUCCACACAUCAUUAAAUUUGGAACCAAUAUUGACCUCUCUGACCCAAAAAGGUGGAAGCCCCAGUUACAAGAGCUUCUGAAGUUGCCUUCCUUUAUGCGGGUUUCAUCCAAUGCAAAUAUGUUAAGCCACGUGGGCCAUACCAUCCUGGGCAUGAACACGGUGCAGCUGUACAUGAAAGUCCCAGGCAGUCGUACACCAGGUCACCAGGAGAACAACAACUUCUGCUCAGUUAACAUAAACAUCGGCCCCGGGGACUGUGAGUGGUUCGCCGUCCAUGAGAAUUACUGGGAAAAGAUCAGCGCCUUCUGUGACAGGCACAACCUGGAUUACCUGACUGGGUCAUGGUGGCCAGUCCUGGAGGACCUGUACCGAGCGGACAUCCCCGUCUAUCGGUUUGUGCAGCGCCCCGGAGACCUGGUCUGGAUUAACGCUGGAACCGUGCACUGGGUGCAGGCCAUCGGGUGGUGCAACAACAUAGCCUGGAAUGUGGGGCCUCUAACACCAUAUCAGUACCAACUGGCCCUGGAGCGCUUUGAGUGGAACGAGGUGAAGAACGUCAAGUCCAUCGUACCCAUGAUCCAUGUCUCCUGGAACGUAUCGCGAACUGUGAAGAUCACAGAUCCAGAUUUGUACGGCAUGAUCAAGUACUGCCUCUUACAGUCCAUUAAGCGUUGCCAGGUACAGAGAGACAGCCUGAUUCGCGGCGGAAAGAAGUUGGCCUAUCAGGCAAGAGUGAAGGAUGAACCAGCGUAUUACUGCAAUGAGUGUGAUGUGGAGGUUUUCAACAUCCUGUUCGUCACCAGUGAGAGUGGGGGGAAAAACACCUACCUGGUCCACUGUGAAAGCUGUGCCCGCCAGGUCAACGGCAACAUGAAUGGAGUCGUCAUCCUAGAGCAGUACAAAAUGGAGGAGCUUAUGCAUAUUUAUGACACUUUUCAUCUGUACAGGACUGAGAUCUUUAGUCAUAACCAAGAAAUAUAGGCAACUAGCCUCCGAAAUUGGACCCAAGCUGCAGGGACAUCCCCUCUAACACGUCCCACUCCCACCUAGCCUCAGUUUUUGCUAGUGUCCUUAUGUGAUGGACGAUCUCUCUCCUGAGUGAACCUGCUUCCCCCUUUUUGCUUUGGUUUUUGUUCUGCAAGAUGCUUAAAUCAAAAAAUGUCUGCUCCUCAGUCGCUGAAGGUUUCUGCAUCUGUUUACUCCUUGGCUCAGCCUUGGAGGCCAGGAAGAAGAUGCCAGCCUGUAAUGUUGCUUCAGGCACUGGAUCAUGUUUGGGCACUCACCAUGGCACAAUGUGUAACAGGUUAGGCACAGGGUGCUAUACAGGCCCAUGGCUGUUUGAGUCCUAUCUUUGAAGGCCACUUCUGAAGUAUGCUCAUCCAGGUGGGCAAAGCCAGGAUGUAGGCUUGUUCUCUGCUACCAUGCCUCUUUGGAGGCUGUUAAUCUCAUGGGAUGCAAAUGAGAAUCUUUGGCCUCCUCUUCAGGGUUGGUCUCUAUAUCCAUUGAGGCCACUUCACUGCCUGAGAAGGGGGGCCAAGGAAUAUGUAGGCGAGGAGUCUUUUGCUUCUGCAGACUAAGACUCAAGAGGCAUUCUCUACUGAGAUCUCCAAAAUGAAAGGAAACCCUUUCAGUCCUUGUUAAAUCAGACUGUGUUGGACCACCCUGGAUCUCUAGCAAUGGCUCACUGAAACUGCCCAGACUGCCUAUGACGUGUUCACGUGCUUUUAGAACCAGUAUUAUACAGUUACAACCUCUGUGGGGCCAUUCAACCAAAAUUCAGCUGAACAAUGCCACAGCAGUAGCCUACAUCAAACCACCAGGGAGGCUCCAGAAGUCACACCACUCAAAGGGAAGCGGAUUCUGUUUUGGGCAAAACAUUAUGUUCUGCCCUAUUUACUGUUCAUAUUCCAGGUGUGGAAAAUUGGCAGAUGGACUUCCUCAGCAAUCAACACCUGAAUCGGAGGAAUGCUCUCCCCACCCUGAGGUGUUCCAAACUCUUUACCCCAAGUGAGGGACACUGGAUCUUCUGGCAUCCGGGUUCAACCACAAACUGGACAGACUUCUCACCAGGUCCAGUGACCCUCGUGCCUUCACAGAGUAUGCUCUGGUGUUUCCGUGACAUCAGUCCAUCUGAUUUAUGUAUUUUUCUCCUACAGCUCCAUCCUCCUCACCUCUGCAGGUUCAAGAUGGGAGGGCAUUGCAGUGAUUCUCGUACAUGACUAGACCAGGAGAACUUGGUGUUCAAACAUUCUCAGACUUGGACAUUCUCAGACUCCUGGCAGACACUCUGUGGGCUCUCCCGGAUUACCCAGGAAUGUUGUUCCAAGGGCUGAUCUACCAUCCUUCCUCUUGAUUGUUAGCUUUUACGGUGUAGCUGUUUAAACCCAAGUCCUAAGAGGGAUAGGUCCCACUCCUUCUUGCAGAUCCUCUCCAAGUCAUUAAGGUUUUGAGUCUGUUUGGUAACUCGAAGCUUCAGCUUCCUCCACAUAUUUUCUAUGGGAA